GGUUCAUCUGUGCGAAGCCGAAGGCCUACCAGACUUCAACGGCGGUUCUUCGUUCCACAAAAAACAACUGGUCAUCGUCAAAAGCCUAUGGAGAGGAUGUGGAGAUUCUAAAAGGCACGAGUUCCUAAGAGAGACAUCUUGGCUGGCCGGUUUACGAGAUCCGAAUCUGGCCAGAGUGGUGGGACUUUGUAGCCAGGACGAACCGAUGUGCGCUUUGUUAGAGCACUCGGACGGCGGAGAGCUACCGAAAUUUCUAGCUUCUAGAGUCGUUUUUGAAGAUGGAAAUCCUGUCGCUCCGACUGUCAGUUACGGAUCGCUGAUAUACGUGGCGACGCAGAUCGCCUCGGGAAUGAAGUAUUUGGAAUCCUUGGAGCUGAUCCACAGGGACUUGGCCGCCAGGAAUUGUGUCGUCGACAAAAAUUACACGGUCAAAGUGUCGGACCACGCCAUGUAUUGUGACCGAUACGAGAACGAAUAUUACAUCAGUGAUACGAAAGCUAGAUUGCCGAUUAGGUGGAUGUCUUGGGAAGCGUUAUUAUUGGGUCGACAAACAACGAAGAGUGACGUAUGGGCAUUUGCAAUAACCCUAUGGGAAAUUUUGAUGCUGUGCACCCAGCAACCCUAUGCCGAAUUGACCAGCGAACAAGUCGUCGAGAAUUCGAAUCAUUGGUAUCAAAAUGACGGAUGUCAACGGUAUCUUCCGCGUCCUCCUUUAUGUCCGAGAGAAAUCUACGAUCUGAUGGGGGAGUGUUGGAAACGAAACGCAGCCGACAGACCCAGAUUUUCGGAAAUACAUCUAUUUUUACAAAGGAAAAAUUUAGGUUUCAUGCCUAAUAAUAAUCAGCAAAUAGCGUAAAGUAAAAUUACGCUGAGUUUUGGAAAAAUUCAUUUUUUCUUGUUGUGAGUGUAAAUUUGAGUAUAAUUUGGGACUCAAAAAAAAACUAGAUAAUGUUAAAACAGGUAUUAUGAUUAUGGGGACGCCUCAAGAAAAAAAAAAAACUAAAAACAAUCAUCGAUAUUAGACGUAGUUUUUUUACCCUUUACGCUGUACAUUUAGUUGCUUCUAAAACCUACAUGUUGUUUUUUUUUUCUGAGGCUUCUUCCAAAAAAAAAAAAAUUUACUGCAGAAUCUGUAAGUUCAAAAUCAUGUAAGGAAUAAAAUAUUUUGAGGCUCGAUGAAGUGAGUUCUAUACUUCUAUAGGGCCUAAAUUUGAUACAAAGUCUUGUUUACAGUUUACCGAUUAGAAGCAACUUCAGGAUUCUAGAACACAAUAGAAUACUGCCAUAAUAGUCGUGAGAGAGGAUAAAAUUUAAAAAGUAAAAACUCUUUUGAUGAUAAUACUCUAUCAAUCCCUGAAUUAUUUUCUUUUUUGUGUACAAUUUGUCUUAAACAAAGACUGCAGAUUCUGGACUAUUUUUUUUUUGUAGCGAUAAGUAAGUACUUACCCUUGAAAUGUGAUAUAGGGGGAUUUUUGUCCCUUUAUUAAUUCAUAUCGCCACAAGGGUAAUGAUAUAUCUUUGUCUUUUUUAUGUAUAAUAGAGUGCGUGCAUGUAUAUAUACUUGAAAAAUAUUCUGUGACCAAUAAUAUGUGUACCUACUUGUAAAAAUAUUUGCAUUAUAUCGAUACUCACUUGUUGACAAAGAGCAAAAGGUGUAAAAUUAUUUGUUGUAUUCUGUUUUGAUGGAAUAUGAUUUUCUGAGAAGAGAAAAAUUUCCGUCAAUUGUAAGACUUUUUGUACAACAAUUUCUAGCUUUGAAAGACAAAAGAUAGCAUAUUCUCAUUGUUUUUACGCUUUUGAUCUACCCCUAGGAAUGACAAACGAAAUGCUUUGGGAGUAAGGCUCUACUUCUUUAUUAUCCAAAUUAUCUCAUCCUAAUCGCUGCCUAUACCUUAUUGAGUAAAUCGUACUCUCUGAAAUUGAAAAUGUAUCCAACAGCAAAACUCUCCAAAUUAAAAUUUUAUAUUUCCAUUACAAGAAUGGUGUUUAGUUGAACCUCAUCUAAAUUUUGUGUAGCUGGGUUUCCACCAUACAAUUAAACCAGAAAACGUUACGUCAUUUCAGCCAAUCCUAUUGAAGUCAGUGGCGGCUCUUGACUUUUUCAAGUGAAGAGGCUAAUUACAGUAUAGGAUUUCAUGAAAUUCCUCGGAAUUCCAUUAAGAGUUCAAUUUCAAAAUUCCAUAUUUUUUUUUUUAACUUUACUAAAAUUCCUCAAAAUUUUACCACUGAAAUAUCCUAGAAUUUCACAAAAUUUUCAUAAAAUUCGUUGGAAUUUCAUUGACAUUUCAUGUAAUUUCUUAAAAAUUUC